AUGUCUUUACCUCCUCCUGAAACAGGUUAUGGUGAAGAUGGUGUAGCAUCAUCACCCGGUGGUGGUGUUAGUGAUAAUACACCCAAAACUGAAGUGUUUGGAGAAGGAGAAGACGACGAGGAGUCCGAAGAAGAAGAAGAUGAAUUAGAAUAUCAAGGUUUUGACGCCCAGGUGGCACAACAAGUGGGUCAGAUUGUUAGAACUCUUUCCAGACGUCAAACUAACGCAACCGAAGCCACAGAAUAUGACUUGGCAAAGUACUUGACUCACAUGUCCCAGGUUCCCGGGGUCGCGCCAUUCAAUGCUGAGAAUGAACCAGAAAUUGAUCCCAAACUAAACCCAAGUCUGCCUGAUUUCGAAGCUAAGUAUUGGGUUAAAAACUUGAGAAAGUUGUAUGAUUCAGAUCCUGACUACUAUAAACCUUCCAAAUUAGGGGUGGCUUACCGGAACUUGAGAUGUAGCGGUAUUGCCAGUGAUUCAGAUUACCAGCCAACAGUUACCAAUGGUAUUUGGAAAGCCAUGACAACUCUUUAUAGAAGCAUCAAGAAACCUCCUCAACUGGCCUAUUUCGACAUUUUGAAGCCAAUGGAUGGGUUUGUUAGACCCGGUGAAGUCACUGUCGUUUUAGGUAGACCUGGUUCUGGGUGUACAACACUUUUAAAGACCCUUGCUUCUCAUACAUAUGGGUUUGAAGUGGCCCCAGAAUCCCAUAUCACUUAUGAUGGGAUUUCGCCUCAAGAUAUAAACACCAUCUAUCGUGGAGAUGUGAUCUAUUCUGCAGAAACAGAUGUCCAUUUUCCCCACUUGACCGUUGGAGAUACCUUGGACUUUGCUGCUAGAUUGAGAACCCCAAAGAACAGAGGGGAAAUCGAUAGAGAAACCUAUGCUAAACACAUGGCAUCCGUCUACAUGGCUAUGUACGGUUUGCUGCAUACUCGUAAUACCCAAGUUGGUAAUGAUUUUAUCAGAGGUGUCUCUGGUGGUGAACGUAAGAGAGUUUCCAUUGCCGAAGCUUCUUUAUCUGGUGCUAACCUUCAAUGUUGGGAUAAUGCUACUAGAGGGUUAGAUGCUGCCACUGCAUUGGAAUUCAUCAGAGCUUUGAAGACUUCUGCUACCAUUUUAGAAGCCACCCCAUUGAUUGCCAUAUAUCAAUGUUCUCAAGACGCUUAUGACUUGUUUGACAAUGUUAUCGUCUUGUACGAAGGUUACCAAAUCUUUUUCGGUAAGGCUACCAGAGCUAGAGCUUAUUUCGAAGAAAUGGGUUACAUUUGUCCACAACGUCAAACCACAGCUGAUUUCUUGACUUCAUUGACCAACCCAGCCGAAAGAAUUGUCAAGCCUGGUUAUGAAAACAAGGUACCUCGUACCGCUAAGGAGUUUGAUGAAUAUUGGAAGGCAUCUGCUGAUUAUGAUCUGCUUAUUCGUCGUAUCGAUAGUCACAUCAACCACACUGAUGGUAAUACCAAUGCUAUUGCCUAUGAGGAAUCCCAUAAAGCCAGACAAGCCGAUCAUUUACCACACAAAUCCCCUUAUGUUGUUUCCUUCUACAUGCAAGUGCGUUAUAUUAUGCACCGUAAUUGGUUGAGGACAAAGGGUGACCCUUCCAUCACCAUUUUCUCUGUUGCCUCGCAAGUUAUCAUGGCUUUGUUGUUGUCGUCCGUCUUUUACAAUUUGCAACCCAAUACCAAUUCCUUUUUCUAUAGAGGAUCUGUUUUAUUCUUUGGCCUUUUGUUCAAUGCUUUCAGUUCUUUGUUGGAAAUUAUUGCUCUUUUUGAAGCUCGUAAUAUUGUUGAGAAGCAAAAGCAAUAUGCCUUAUAUCGUCCUUCAGCAGAUGCUCUAGCGUCGAUUAUUACUGAAUUGCCUGUUAAAGUUGGUAUGUCCUUGGGGUUCAACAUUACGUUGUACUUUAUGGCCAAUUUACGUCGUACUGCUGGUAACUUUUUCAUUUAUUUGCUUUUCUGUUUCACUUGUACUUUGGUCAUGUCUCAUUUGUUCCGUGCUAUUGGUGCUGUGUCUACUUCGCUUGCAGGUGCUAUGACCCCAGCAAAUGUUUUACUUAUGGCUAUGGUUAUUUUCACUGGUUUCGUCAUUCCAACUCCUUACAUGUUGGGCUGGUCCAGAUGGAUUAACUAUAUUAACCCAGUUGGUUAUAUUUUCGAAUCGCUUAUGGUUAAUGAAUUCCACAAUCGUGAAUUCGAAUGUCUGACAUUUUUGCCUCUGGGUCCAGAAUAUGCCAAUGUUCCUAUGAAUCAACGUGUUUGUUUGGUUGCUGGUGCAAAGCCAGGUUCCUCCGUUGUGAACGGUUCUGAUUACAUUGCUAUCUCGUUUAAAUACUACCAUGCCCACAAAUGGAGAAAUUUUGGUAUUGCUGUUGGUUUCGUUAUCUUCUUCCUUGCUAUUUAUUUGAUUUUGACCGAGACAAAUAAGGGCUCUAUGCAAAAGGGUGAAAUCACUUUGUUUUUGAGUGGAUCUUUGAAGAAGCAAAAGAAGCAAGAAAAGUUGUUAAGAUCAAAGGGUGAUAUUGAAGAUGGUGCACCACACGAACCUAUUUCACACAAGGAAAAGAUUGAAAGUUCCAAGGGCGACAGUUCUUCAUCUGAAUCCAUUAGUAAUGGAAAGAGUGAAAGAGAAAUCUUUCACUGGCGUGAUUUGACUUACCAAGUUAAGAUCAAGGCUGAAGACAGAGUCAUUUUGAAUCAUGUUGACGGUUGGGUUAAGCCUGGUCAAGUCACUGCUUUAAUGGGUGCAUCUGGUGCCGGUAAGACCACAUUAUUGAACUGUUUGUCCGAACGUGUUACUUCUGGUAUUAUCACCGAUGGUGUUAGAUUGGUCAAUGGUAAGCCAUUGGACAAUUCUUUCCAAAGAUCUAUUGGUUAUGCUCAACAACAAGAUAUCCAUUUAGCUGCUUCUACUGUUAGAGAAGCCUUGAGAUUCUCAGCUUAUUUGAGACAACCAUCUCAUGUAUCUAAGAAGGAAAAGGAUGAUUACGUUGAGUACGUUAUUGACUUGUUGGAAAUGUACGAAUAUGCUGACGCAUUAGUCGGUGUUGCUGGUGAAGGUUUGAAUGUCGAGCAACGUAAGAGAUUGACUAUUGGUGUUGAAUUAGCUGCCAAACCAAAGUUGUUGGUCUUCUUGGAUGAACCUACUUCUGGUUUGGACUCUCAAACUGCUUGGGCCGUCUGUAAGUUGUUAAGAAAGUUGGCUGAUCACGGUCAAGCUAUUUUGUGUACAAUCCAUCAACCUUCAGCUAUUUUGAUGAAGGAAUUUGACCGUUUAUUGUUCUUGCAAAAAGGUGGUAAGACUGUUUAUUUUGGUGACUUGGGUGAAAACUCUCUGGUAUUGAUCAACUAUUUUGAAAAGUAUGGUGCUCAUCCAUGUCCUAAGGAAGCCAACCCUGCCGAAUGGAUGUUGGAAGUUAUCGGAGCUGCACCUGGGUCUCAUGCUAACCAAGACUACCAUGAAGUUUGGAGAAAUUCCACUGAAUACCAAGAUGUUCAAGCCGAGUUAAACCGUAUGGAAACCCAAUUAGGAGCUAUUCCUAAGGAAGCAGAUGAACAGUCUCAAAAGACAUAUGCUGCUCCACUUUGGAAGCAAUUUGGAAUUGUUACAUGGCGUGCUAUUGUCCAGAACUGGAGAACACCUACUUAUGUUUACUCCAAGUUCUUUUUGGUUGUUUCUUCUAUGAUUUUCAAUGGUUUUGCUUUCUUCAAGGCUGGUACUUCAGUUCAAGGGUUACAGAAUCAAUUAUUCUCCGUUUUUAUGUGUUUGAUUCCUUACAGUACUUAUGUGCAACAAAUGUUGCCAUAUUUCGUGAGACAACGUGAGAUUUAUGAAGUUAGAGAAGCUCCAUCACGUACUUUUAGUUGGGCUAUUUUCAUUUUGGGUCAAGUUGCUGCUGAAAUGCCAUUUCAAGUUGUUUCUGGUACCUUUUCAUUCUUCUGUUGGUACUACCCAGUUGGGGUUUACAGAAAUGCCGAGCCUACUAAUGCUGUGAAUGAAAGAGGAGCUAUGGUUUGGAUGUAUUUCGUUGCCUUUUACAUUUACACUGGUACCAUUUCUCAAUGGAUGAUGUCUUUCAACGAGUUGAUUGAAAAUGCUGGUAAUUUGGCCAACUUUUUGUUCACUAUGUGUCUUUUAUUCUGUGGUGCCAUGGCCCCCAAAGCUUCAUUACCCGGUUUCUGGAUCUUUAUGUACAGAGCCAACCCAUUCACAUAUUGGAUUCAAGGUGUUUUAGUUGGAUCGCUUGCCAAUACCAACGUUGUCUGUUCCAAGGAUGAAUUGAUUGCGUUUCCUGCCCCCAGUGGCCAAACAUGUCAAGAAUAUUUGGCUGCAUACAUCAAGACAAAUUCAGGAUAUCUUGUCGAUCCACUGUCGACUACUACUUGUGAGUUCUGUCGUCUUGCCGAUACCAAUUCGUAUUUGGGCUCAUUAUCUGCCUUUUACUCUCAAAGAUGGAGAAACUGGGGUAUCUUCAUUUGUUUUAUUGCUGUGAAUAUCAUUGGUACUGUUUUAUGUUACUACUUGGCUCGUGUGCCUAAGGGAACUCGUCAAAAGAAGGCUUAA